AUGGAAAGAUUCGCCGCUCUACUAGAUAGAGCAACAUGCUACCUACGCUCAUUACUCACCAGCAUUUAUCUCUGGACCGCCAUACACUGGUGGUGCCAUGUAGGAGGACGGAAUGAUGUUGUGUCGGCAGCACUCAUCCUCACCGCAAACUUAAUUACUGGACUCACACUUCUCUUCGUCGAAGAUCGACGCACCACUAAUUCAUACGCCGACAUACUCGCCAUCAAUCACUACUAUCACAACACCUCACAACAAACUGUCAAAUUACUCACUGCUAAAUUACCCCCUCAUUACGACCGACAAGGGCAGGCCAAUAAGGGUGGGGAAAGUCCACACUGUUGCGAAAGUCCACACUGUGGGGAAAGUCCACACUGUGGGGAAAGUCCACACUGUGGGGAAAGUCCACACUGUUGCGAAAGUCCACACUGUUGCGAAAGUCCACACUGUUGCGAAAGUCCACACCGAGGGUUGUGUGACAUUUCUAACUUGUCACAAGCACACAAAACACACACCGUGGUCUUUGUCAGUCCCGAAACGGAUCGCGAAUUGGUUGUCGACAGUCUGGCGCCACCGGCCGCGACCCCGGGUCCAAGACAUGUAACAAUCAAACCUCUACGUGCGGUCAAUAAUUACAUACGGAACAUCUUAACCAAUGAGGGCCCAGUUAACCUCUGCUGGUUCGAAUCCGGCAGACAUGAUGCCGCACGUGUACGUCGUACCGGGUCGGUCGCAAACGCGCUCCGGGCACACAGACGACGACGACGACGCAUGCGCGACCUCGAAGUCAUCAACCCCUUCACCGAACACACUCUCUCUUUCGAACCUGCUACCACCGCCAUGACUCCCAUAAGGCAACCCACCAUGGGGACGGCCACCGUGGCGGGAGAGGCCACCACACUAGUGGGAGAGGCCACCACCGUGGCGGGAGAGGCCACCACACUAGUGGGAGGGACGACCCAUGACGGGAUAGAGGCCGAUGUGCCCGUGGCUGCUGCGAGCAAUGGGCACCCAGGAAUGGAGGGGAAUGGGUCGAGAGCAGGCGGCUUGAGAGGAACUGAUUUGGGCCCUGAUGGGCAAGGGGAAGGGGAACGAAAUGGCGAGGGGGAUAGUGGAGAAACGGAGCUAAGUUCCUUUGUCGUUACUGACCUGUCUGCGAUGUUGUCGGACCUGGAUAGUGUUUCUGAAACCCUGCCACCUGGCAGUCACUCAUUAACGUUCUGGGCGAUUUAA